GGGUACGGGAGGAGAGGGGGCGGGGUUUCAGGUGGUCCGUCGCGUCAUGAGGCGGGCGGAAGCGGAGCGAGCGGUGUCUGUCAGACGGGUGUGGGCCGGGAGCGGAGAGCUCCCUGAAGAUGUUUAGCUCAUAUUGCUUCAAACUGUCUGGACAUUUGCUGUUUAACUGCUGAAGCUUUCCUAUUAUUUGUUGUUCUCCUGAAGCCUUAAUCUAUUGAGGGAUCAGAAUUGGCUGCUAUGGAAUCAAGACCAACUAAAACAUGAGAAGAUGUAUUCAAGAUGAUCCAGCCAGAAGAUUUUUCACAUCAUAGAAAUCUUAUUUUUGUUUAAUAUGUAAUAUAAUUUGACAAAGCCAAGUUCAAUUAUUUAUCUUCAAAUUAAGACAUAUCUGUGGCCUUCAUCAGAAAUGUUUCUAACAUUUUCAAGAAAAAAUAUGUCCCAGAAACUGAGUAUGUUUUUACUAGUUUUUGGAAUCAUUUGGGGUUUGAUGUUGCUACGCUACACUUUUCAGUAUCCAAGACGCCAAAGCAGUGCCGAGUUGCGUGGACAGAUAUUAGAUCUAAGUAAAAGAUACGUCAAAGCACUGGCAGAAGAAAAUAAAAAUUUAAUGAAUGGUGGCGGUGGAGCUUCUAUGACAGGAUAUGCUGAUCUUAAGAGAACAAUUGCUGUUCUUCUGGAUGACAUCUUACAACGCCUUGUGAAAUUGGAAAACAAAGUUGAUUACAUCGUUGUGAAUGGCUCAGCAACAAAUACCACUAAUGGCACGAGCAAUCAGAUGUCAGUAACUUCAAAUAAACGUGUGAAACCAGCAAGCAACAUCAGAUAGCAAAUAGGGCUGCUUUGUGUUGCUACAUCUAUGAUAGGUUAUUUGAAGAUGUAUUGACUGCAGUGGUGACUUGCUCUCAUAUCUUUUCUGCCUUUAAGAGGGACCUGAUUGUGUUCAGAUCUCAGCGUGACAGAACAUGCGUGUUGUGUUAUACUGCAGUGCUGGCUGCUCUGCUGCAAUUUCUUAUACAUGUGCCAUAGCCACAGGACAAGUACCCAGACCAUAUGUCCUAUCACCUUAUUUAGAUACUGAAAUGAAACUGUUGUUUCAUCUCUCUCUCUCUGGGGGAUGGUUCGGCAAAACACUGUCUUGGUCCUUGUGACAUCUCUCUUCACCUUCUGCUUUGUUGCUGGUAGCUUGCCCAGUGCAAAACAAUCUGGAGAUUUCCUUGAAUUGCUGUACCUUUUUCGACAGGCACCUGUCAUUUUAUUGUAUGGAAAAAGCCUACCUUCUCGGGUCUCAUUUUGACAGUCUGAGGGCUUGUAGCUUCUGCUACCAUGCAGAGAACAAUUUAAAUAUCAAUUUCCUAAAACUCAGUUAAGAAAAACAUACUACAUCUUUUGCUCACAUAUUCAGUCGCUAUAUGACUGAUAUGUUUGUAUCAAGAGGAAGCAGUCAAUUUACACAGAUAGUGCAGGAUCAGAAAUAGCAGCCUGUGAUCUAUUCACUACAGCCUUCAAACACAUUGGAGGAGUUGUUUCAAUGUGGUGGUGGUGUUUGUGGCACACGGAGAGGAAUUAUGAACUGCAUGUUGCCAGUCUAAGAACCAUCUUUGGUUACGAGUGGUUCUCAAAGUUGGCCUCCUCUUGUCUUGAACUAUGAACAAAACAUAUUUUAUAAUGGAAGAGCUUUCAAAGAACAUCAGUGAGUUUGAGGUAAGAUUUAUGACAUCUAGAGGCAGCUUUCAUUUUCUAGAUGAAAUAAAUCUUUCAAGCUAUUCUAGAUAAAUGGCAACAGUUGGGUUUUUGUUGUUGUUGUUUCUUCUUUUUAAAAAUUUUUUUUUUUAGGAUCAACAGCUCUGGAUUCUCCCUAAAACACAAAGAUAGGGACUGUCUCUGCUCCAAAGAGUUUUACAGUUGAGUUCCUUGAUGCUGUAACUGAGUCAUGUUUUUCACACACUCUACAGAGAAUUCCUUCAUUCACUAAGAAUGAAACUUUCCCUGGGUAUAAACUUCCCCACUGAGGCAACUUAAGAGAUUCAGGACCUACAACAGCAAGUGAAGGGUUGACAGGUGGUGGUGGGAAAUCCAGGGGAGGUGGUUUCUUUUUUAAAUGUGUAUACAUUAUGGGACAAGUCAUAUAAUGUAUUAUGCUCAACAUCAAUAACUAAAUGUACAUUAUUGCAUCUUCCGCUGUUUAUAUUCUUUAGACCUGCCUCAAAGUAUUAAAUAUUUAGGCUGUUUGCUGAAAAGUAAAUAUUUGGAAUGGAUUUCUUUAGUCAUCUCAUUUUACUCAAACUUGACAUUAAAAACAUUUGUAAUAGGGGAAAAAACAUGAAGAAAUGGUCAUGCUUAUGCCAAAAUUGUGUUUUCAGACAUGUCUUUUCAAGUAAGCAUUAUACAAAGGCUGCAACUUCUCUCUGGUGUAUAAUUUUUGUAUAAUAAACAAACUGAACACUA